AUGUUGUUGUCCUUACUGAGUAAGCGCUCAUUAGAGGUUGAUUCCAGGGAUUCUUAUGGAUUUGCAUUGAGGCCUCAAUACGCACAAAGAUACAGAGAGUAUUCUUCAAUCUACAAGGAGGAGGAAGGUGAAAGAUCAUAUAAAUGGAGAAGCUUCCUUGGAGAGGCACCCAACUCAGCAAAACCAAGUUCUCCAGAGAAAAAACACAAAGAAACAUCGGAAGUUGAAUGUAAUGAGGUAAAAGAAGAGAGUAGUUCAAAUAAAGUAUGCAAAGAAGAUGAUUUAAGCAGUAAGAAUAUUUCUGAAGGCACUAAAGAGGUUGGUGUAGGGGGUGUUAGUGAAGGAGGUGACUUAAGUGGCAAUAAGUCUUCUGGAGUUAAUGAGAUAAAAGAAGGCACUAGUGCAGGAAGGGUUUGUGAAGGGGGUAAUUCAAGUGGCAGAAAGGUUGUUUUUGAUAGCUCAAUAGAAAACAGUUCAGAAAAGGAUUUGCACUAUUCAGAAGAAAGAAAGACACGUAAAGUUCAACGCUGGGCUGAAAUUAGGCCAUCUCUUAGUGCCAUUGAAAAAUUGAUGAGUUCUCGUUUCAAAAAGGGAAAUGAUGUGAAAGGCGAGAUAAGAAAUGGUAAUAAUGACCAUCUUCCAUAUAUAGAAAAAUCUAAACUUGGAGGAGGGGUUUCUGCAACGGAUGUUAAUAAGUCAAGUGCUGCGUUAGUGGUUGAAGAUUCACUUCAACAAUUCUCUCUAUGGAAAGAACUGGAGUUUCUUGUUCAGGGAGGCAUCCCAAAGGAUCUUAGAGGAGAGGUUUGGCAAGCCUUUGUAGGUGUAAAGACAAGGCGGGUUAAGAGCUAUUAUGAGGAUCUGUUAGCAAAAGAAACUAUCAAUGCUGAAAGCAAUGAGCAAAAUGAUACAUCCACUGCAUCUGGGAAGUGGAGAAAGCAGAUUGAGAAGGACAUUACAAGAACUUUCCCAGGACACCCUGCUUUGGAUGAACAUGGUAGAAAUUCCUUGAGGCGUUUACUCCUAGCAUAUGCUAGACAUAACCCCUCUGUGGGGUAUUGUCAGGCAAUGAACUUCUUUGCAGGUUUAUUGCUGCUUCUUAUGCCGGAAGAAAAUGCCUUUUGGACUUUUGUUGGCAUCAUUGAUGAUUAUUUUGGAGGUUGUUAUACAGAGGAAAUGAUAGAAUCCCAGGUGGACCAGCUUGUCUUUGAAGAAUUAAUGCGUGAAAGAUUUCCAAAACUGGUUAAUCAUCUGGAAUACUUGGGAGUGCAAGUUACAUGGAUAUCUGGACCUUGGUUCCUAUCAAUAUUUGUGAACAUGAUUCCAUGGGAAAGCGUACUUCGAGUUUGGGAUGUGCUUCUAUUUGAAGGGAACCGUGUUAUGCUAUUUCGAACUGCACUGGCCCUUAUGGAACUAUAUGGUCCUGCAUUAGUCACUACAAAGGAUGCAGGUGAUGCGAUUACUCUAUUGCAAUCACUUGCUGGUUCAACAUUUGACAGCAGUCAACUUGUCUUAACAGCUUGCAUGGGUUUUCUAGCUGUGACAGAGGAAAAAUUACAUGAACUAAGAGAAAAGCAUAGACCAUCUGUAUUAGAAGUAGUAGAAGAAAGGGCAAGGAAAGGAAGACUUUGGAAGGAUUCCAAAGGGAUUGCUUCUAAACUAUAUAGUUUCAAGCAUGACCAAGAACCGUUAGUAGAAGAAAAGAAGGUUAGUAAAGGAGAUGAUAUGGCCGCUAAUGAGGAAAUACCACGAUUAGAGUCUCAUUCCUCUGAUUUGGAUGAACUACUUCACAGUCUUAAUGUUGAUUCUGAAGUGGAUUCUCUACCGGAUCUCCAGGAACAGGUGGUUUGGUUGAAGGUUGAGUUAUGCCGAUUGCUGGAGGAGAAAAGAAAUGCAAUACUGAGAGCUGAGGAGCUAGAAACAGCUUUAAUGGAUAUGGUAAAGCAGGAUAAUCGACUGCAAUUGAGUGCAAGGAUUGAGGAAUUGGAGCAGGAAGUAGCCGAGUUACAACAAGUCCUUGCAGAUAAGAAAGAACAGGAAGUUGCCAUGAUGCAGGUCUUAGUGAAGCUAGAGCAUGAUCAGAAAGAUACUGAAGAUGCUCGUAAAAGAGCAGAACAAGAACUUGCAGCUCAAAAAUUAGAAGUUCAUAUCCUUCAGGAAAAGUAUGAGAAAGCCAUGAUAUCAAUUGCUGAGUUGCAAAAACGGGUGAUUGUUGCAGAAAGUAUGUUGGAGGCUACCCUUCAAUAUGAAUCUGGCCAAAACAAAGCACUUUCUUCACCAAGGGUUGGUGGUCGUCAAAGUCCACAUACAGAUAGCAACUCACGUUUUGGUCUACUUUUUGGACGUGGUUGGCUUGAUAAAAACAAGGGAAAGUCUAAUGCUGAGGAAUCCGGUGAAAGUUUGUCUUCCAAUGCCGCUUUGGGGACUGAAUCCAACGACCAAGAAAAGCAAACAUAGUACAUGCAGAGCCGCGAUGUUUGAGAGCUAGGAGUAGUUAGUUACGGCAGUUUCUGGUUUGCAUCAUUCUGUUUUUAUUUGUGAUAGUUGGCUGAAAGAAAGAUAAGAAAGAAGAAUCCACUUGUAUCACCAUCCAUUCAAAUCCGAGCCUUUCCUUCCGAAUUUUUUAUUACCCAUUAAAGUAUUAAACCAAACUAGAGAUAUAUGUCAGGGAUGCUAUAGA